AUGGCAUACAGUGACCUACCAGCACAUUUGUUCAAAUCACUUCAUCUACCCAAUCCAAAAAGUUAUAACGUCUAUCUAGUUGGAUCUCGUCUAUGGGGAACAAAUACUGAUAAAAGUGAUUGGGAUGUUCUGAUCGUCGGUGAUGUAUCAUCAGAGCAGCUUAGUAGCCUCCACAAAUCUCAAUAUGAUAUUAAAUUGCUUGAUCGACAAGAGUUCAUAGCGCGAGCGAAACAAGGUUCUAUUAUAGAAGUUAUCUGCGCUCUAAUGCGCAAAGAAGAUAUGUUACAAUGUGCUUUUAACAUUGGCGAUCUAUCAGUAGAUCCAGACGCUAUAAAAAUAUGGUUGCAAGAACGACAAGUCAAAGAUUUAGCAAAAGCAGAGAAAUUUUGGCAGAAAGGAAAUCGACAAUCCGGCUGGAAAAUUCUCAGACAUAUUCUACAUUCAAAAGCCCUGUACAAUCAUCUCGCUGAUAUCCUUCGUGAGAAACAAGUAACUCUUUCUAUUGAAGAUGUACAGACUAUUGUACGCUCUGUUACAUACCUAUGUGACAAGAGUUGGAUGCAACUAGAUUGGUCCGACGUGUAUACGGCUGUGAUCGAUGUACUAACACAAUUAUAG